CCAUGGAGAAGCCAUGUAAAUGUGUGGAGUGCGGAAAAGGAUUCAGAUUUCCAUCCAGGCUGGACGUUCAUCGGCGCAAACACACUGGAGAGAAACCAUUUACCUGCUCCACGUGUGGAAAGGGAUUUGCUCGUUUAUGCAGCUUACAGAUACAUCAGAGAACUCACACUGGGGAGAAAUCAUUCACCUGCGCCAAGUGUGGUAAGGGGUUUGCUCAUUUAUCCAGUUUACAUGUGCACCAGCGAAUUCACACCGGGGAGAAACCGUUCAUCUGUACCAAGUGUGGUAAGGAGUUUGCUCAUUCAUCAACUUUACAUGUACACCAGCGAAUUCACACUGGGGAGAAACCAUUCACCUGCUCCGACUGUGGGAAGGCAUUUGCUCAGUCUUCCAAGUUAUAUCGUCAUCGGAGAAUUCACACCGGCGAGAAACCAUUCAUCUGCUCGGACUGUGGGAAGGGGUUCGCUCGAUUAUCCACCUUACAGGUACACCAGGGAACACAUUCCGAAGAAAAAAUGUUCACGUGCUCGAAGUGUGAGAAGAGAUUUCCUCAUUUAUCCAGCUUGCAGGUACACCAGAGACAUCAUGCCAGGGAGAAAUCAUUCAUCUGCACCACAUGUGGUAAGGGAUUUGCUAAUUUAUCUGGAUUACAUGUGCAUCAGAAGGUUCACACUGGGGAGAAACCGUUCAUUUGCUCUGAGUGUGGGAAGACAUUUGCUCAGUCGUCCAAGUUACAGCAGCACCAGCGAACGCACACUGGGGAAAAACCGUUUACCUGCCCUGAGUGCGGGAAGAGAUUCACUCAGGCAUCCAAUUUACAUUCACACCAGGAAACUCACACUGGGGAGAGAUCAUUCACCUGCUCCGACUGUGGGAAGGGAUUCGCUGAGUCAUCCACUUUGCAGGUACACCAGAGAAUUCACACUGGAGAGAAACCGUUCACCUGCCCUGAGUGCGGGAAGAGUUUCACUCAGUUGUCCAACUUAAAUCAACAUCAGAGAACUCACACUGGAGAGAAACCGUUCACUUGCUCCGAGUGCGGGAAGAGAUUCUCUCAGUUGUCCAACUUAAAUCAACACCUGAGAACUCACACUGGAGAGAAACCGUUUACUUGUCCUGAGUGCGGAAAAGGAUUCACUCAGUUGGUGAACUUACAUCAACACCGGAGAACUCACACCGGAGAAAAGCCAUUCACCUGCCCUGAGUGUGGGAAGAGAUUCACUCAGUUAGCCAACUUACAUUCACACAUGGGAACUCACACUGGAAAAAAAACAUUCACCUGCUCUGAGUGCGGGAAGGGAUUUGCUCAGUCUUCUAAGUUAUGCGAACACUGGAGAACUCACACCGGGGAAAAACCGUUCAUCUGCUCUGACUGUGGGCAGGGAUUCGCUCAGUCAUCCACCCUGCGUGUGCACCAGCGAACACACACUGGAGAGAAACCGUUCGCUUGCCCUAACUGCGGGAAGAGUUUCACUCAGUUAUCCAACUUACAGCAGCACCAGAGGACUCACUGUAAACUGCGCACUGUCAGGAAGGCGAGAUCACAUCCAGAGGAUGAGAGGAGGGGCCGGUUGGAGGAUGAGCAAACUGGCCACAGUGCUGUGGUACAAGGAGCUAUUCAAGAUGGGGAAGAAAAGAGAAAUGUAGCUGUAAUCGGGGAUUAUAUAAUCAGGGGAAUAGACCCUGUUCUGUGUGGGCAGGAUCAAACCUGGUGUUUGGAUUUAGGAUAUCCUAUCCAAGCUGCAGAUUCUCAGGCUGUUGACAGUGAUGUGAUGGUUUUGAUGACACAGUUGGAUGAAAGGGAAAGCCCUCGGAGCAACAAUUCUGGGAGGAAAUCUAGCAAGAAGGGCAAUGAAACUGUUAACACUGUGUACCAUGUCGACGACUACACCAAAGAAGAAUCUAUGAAACAGCUGUGCACAAUAGAUCAGCAUUGGACAGAUCUUGCAAUGAGACAAUAUUGGACCGCUGUCCUCGCAACAGCGCUAUCAAUAGAUUUUGAUCAUGGCGAAUGCCGAAUUGCAAAUGAUAUCCAAGUCCAGAACAUUGUGAAGAUUGUUGGACUUCGCCAUCACACUGGGUUCACAGAAGGUGCCGUGGAAAUUGAGAUGCAGCUGGAAGUGCCAGCCAUCGCCAGAGUUCUCAAUGAGCAAAAGGAUGUGAAACUCGCUCGUUUCAAGAUAUCCAAAUGUUAUACACAGUUCCAUCAUACAGACUGCCCAGAUUUGUUUUUCUUUAACCUUUCACAAGAUGUGGGCGACACCAGCGAGGCUGGCAUUUGGUGCCGCCCAUCACCAAAAGGGACACCCACAAGGAGUGGUGAAUAUUGUGCAAUCAUCGGGGAGCAAUAUGAUAAAGGGAAGGUCAUUGCUGAGUCAGCUAUAUCUCUGGUGUACAAUGAGUUGAGAGGAGUGCUUGAACCCAGUCCCGCAGUGAGAGCACAUGAACGGGGUCUCCUCACUGUGAACCCGCUGGUGGGUCAGCAGGGUGGACGAGGACGUGAAGCCCUUCCCGCACUCGGAGCAGGUGAAUGGCCUCUCCCCGGUGUGAACCCGCUGGUGCGCCAGAAGAACAGACGAAGCAGUGAAGCCUUUCCCGCACUCGGAGCAGGAGAACGGCCUCUCCCCGGUGUGGACCCGCUGGUGGGUCAGCAGGUUGGACGACUGAGCGAAGCCCUUCCCGCACUCGGAGCAGGUGAACGGUCUCUCGCCGGUGUGAACCCGCCGGUGUACACUGAGGUCAGACGAGCGCCUGAACCCAGUCCCGCAGCGAGGGCAACCGAAUGGCUUCUCCUCGGUGUGAACCCGUUGAUGGCAUGCCAGUUCAUCGUAGCUUUUGUGGCACUUCCCACACUCGGAGCACUUAAACGGUCUCUCCUCAGUGUGAACCCGUUGGUGUCUCAGCAGGUUGGACGAUUGUGUGAAGCCCUUCCCACACGCAGAGCAGGUCAGAUGAUCUGGCGAAGCCUCGUCCACACACAGAACACGCGUACGGUUUCUCGGCACCGGGAACGGUGCUUGUUUCUUCCAUGUUCCAAUCCGGGUGAGGCCUCGCUUAUAAUAAACUGGCUGGAUCCAACAGAACCUGAUGUGACGGUUCACUUGAUUCUCCGAACAGAAAAUCCUCAGGUUUUAAUACGCUGUGAAACUGAACGAAAACGGAACGAGGAAAUUGAGACACCGCACUCAAAAAACACAAAGGCGCAUUGCGAAAUUAAACUGCAUGAACGUGCCACCAAGAGCUUUAUGAAAUAUAUAAAAGUGCAGAGAGAAAAGAAAGUGAACUUGAGUUCCUUAGAGAAUGAGAGUGGGAAAUUAACACUGGAGAACCAGAACAUGGCAGAGGAUUUGAGUCAGUACUUUGCAUCAGUCUACAUAGCAGGGACAACACGGUGUCUCAGCAGUGCCAGGGACUUGGUCGAACGAGCGAGUGAAUCCUUUGCCACAGGCCAAGCAAGUGAAGGGUCUCUCCCCAGUGUGACUGCGCUGGUGGACAGUGAGGUGAGACGAUUGUCUGAACCCAGUGCCACAGUGAGAGCACCGGAACGGUCUCUCGCCAUUGUGAACUCGUUGGUGUUUCAAGAGGAUGAGAGCACCAGUAAUUAUUCCCAAACUCUAACUGCUCUGGAAAAAAUGGGGAACUUCCUUCUUGAGCCACUGAAGUCUUUGACAGGAGCUUCGUCUUGUGUGGAUGAUCACGUGCCUUCAUCCGUCCCGGGUCCCGCCCAUCGGCCCCGCCCCCUCCGUUUCUAUAUCUAUUGGCCACAACCACUGCCAAUCACCCGGGUCCGAUCGCAUGGCGUCACUGUCCGCGCCUCAGGGGCAGCCGAGGUGAUGAUGUCCACUGUGUCCAUCUCAGAUUCUGAGGUAUCAUCAAUGCUUGACAGAGAAGUAGAAGCCACGGAUUCUGGAAUAGAACUGAUUAGCCCAACCGAAUUCAGGGAUUACCUGGCCAUUCCCACGAAUGUGGUGGAUCUGCUGGCCAUAAUUUUUGUCUUUGUUGACACUGGGGGCACUGGUCCACCAACGCAGCUCUGUCUAUAUCAAAUCCUGGCCACCAGAUAUAACAUCUCACCAAAUCUUCAUUUUGAAAACCCCUGCAGGACAGCUAUACGCAUGCGCAGUGUUCUGGAUCCCCUUCGGAAGGGCAAAGAAAGGUGCAGGAGAAAGGGAGUCUGCAAUGGGCGGGAGGGCAUGCAGUCUUCAUUAAAGGCCACAGCAGAGCUAUGGCUCCGACUAUGGAUCUCCAAGGCCCACUCUUGCAACCCCGAGGCUUCUUCCGAGGAGCAGACCCCAACGGCAUACGCCAUGCAGAAGUAUGCGCAGUGUCAGUCUGGGAAGGUUCAGGCGGUCAAGACUGUGGGGAAGCGUAGCGGAGGAUCGGAGACAGCGGAUUAUCGUGAACUUUUGAGCAUGGAAGGAGAAAGCACUGGCAACAGUGGCAAGAAAUCGCCCAUGUGUUCUAUUAGUGGCCAAGACUUCAGCCAACCAUCUGACCUGUUAGAACAUAAAUGUAAUGAUGAUGGGCAGAAACCGUGGAAAUGUGGGGACUGUGGGAAGGGAUUCAAAUCUGCUCCAAAGCUGGAAAGGCAUCAGUGCCGUCACAGUGGGGAGAGGCAAUUCACUUGUUCCAAGUGUGGGAUGGGAUUCACUGAGCCAUCCAUAUUGCUGACACAUGAAAGAGCUCACACUGAAGAGAGACCUUUUAAAUGCUCAGAAUGUGACAAGUGCUUUAAAAGUUCUGAGGAACUGAUAUUGUGUCAGCACAUUCACUCUGAGGAGAGACUAUUCAAGUGCUUUCACUGUAGGACUGCGUUCAGGCGAUCAUCCCACUUCAUUGCACACCAGCGAGCCCACACAGGGGAGAGGCUGUUCCUGUGCUCUGAUUGUGGAAAGGGAUUCACUCAGUCAUCAAACUUACUCACACACCAGUGCACGCACACUGCGGAGAGACCAUUUACCUGCUCCAGCUGUGGGAAGGGAUUCACUCAGCUCUCCAAUCUACUGAGACACCAGCGAACCCAUACAGGUGAAAGACCUUUUAAAUGUCCAGACUGUGGGAUGUGCUAUAAAAGGUCUGGGGAAUUGAUGCGCCAUCAAUGUACUCAUACUGAUGAGAGACCGUUCAAGUGCCCUUAUUGUGGGACUGGGUUCAAGCGAUCAUCCUACCUCACUGUGCACCAGCGAAUUCACACAGGGGAGAGGCCAUUCAGCUGCUCUGAGUGUGGCAGGGGUUUCACUCAGCUAGCUCAUCUGCUGACGCACCAGCGCGUGCACACUGGGGAGAGACCAUUUACUUGCUCUGACUGUGGGAAGAGAUUCACUCAGCUCUCCAACCUACUGAGACACCGGCGAGUUCACACUGACGAGAGGCCGUUUAAAUGCCCAGACUGUAGCAAGUUCUUUAAAAGUUCCAGGGAACUGAUCUCCCAUCAACAUAUUCAUACUGACGAGAGACCUUUCAGAUGCUCUCACUGUGUGAUUGCAUUCAGGCGAUCAUCUCAACUCACUGUGCACCAGCAAAUUCACACCAGAGAGAGACCAUUUACCUGCUCUGAGUGUGGGAAAGGAUUCAGUGAUUCAUCCAACUUGCAGAUACACCAGAGGGUUCACACCGGGGAGAGACCUUUUAAAUGUCUGGACUGUGUGAAGUGCUUUAAAAGUUCUGGGGAGCUGAUGUCCCAUAAGCAUGUUCACACGGACGAGAGACCAUUCAAGUGCUCUCACUGUGGGACUGGGUUCAAGCACUCGUCUCAAUUUACAGUCCAUCAGCAAGUUCACACCGGGGAGAAGCCGUUCACCUGCUCCGUGUGUGGGAAGGGGUUCAGUGAUUCAUCCAACUUGUUGAUACACCAGCGAGUUCACACCGGGGAGAGACCUUUUAAAUGCCCAGAGUGUGGGAAGUGUUAUAAAAGUUCAGGGGAACUCAAGUCCCAUCAACGUGCUCACACAAACGAGAGACCAUUCAGCUGCCCUCGCUGUGGGAUGAAGUUCAAGCGAUCAUCACACCUCACUGUACACCAGCGGGUUCACAGUGGGGAAAAGCCAUUCUCCUGCUCCAAGUGUGGGAAGGGAUUCCCUCAAUUAUCGCACCUACAGAGACACCAGGGAAUUCACAAGUAACUGCAGGGACUGGAUUUUGCUGUUUAAUCACAUUCGGAACCGAACCAUAUUCAUUGUGGUUCUGUUCCUGUUAAUUUUAUUGAACUCCAGUUACACGUGUUAAUGUUCCAAAUAAAAGUCAAAUAA